GGCGAUGCCCCCACCCCAGGAGGGCUCCGCAAACCCUGCCAUUUGCCAGACUCAUAUUUGUUAACAUCAAAAUUUUAUUUUUAUUUGUUGUUUAUAUACGGCAAUAUGACCAUUAUUUAUUUUUGUAAGCUAUCUAUGAAUUACGUUGGUCUAGAUACGAAAGUUUAACGUGUUUUGGUUGUUGUUGGAAACGUUUACUAGUCCGUAAUGCCGAAAUAUUAAAGGUUAUCUACCAAUGGUUGAUCAUGGGCUCAGAAAGAGCAGAGGAACCCAUUCACAUAGUGUACUCAGAUGAAGAAAAUGUCCUGGAUGAAGAGGAAAGAAAUUCUCGGUUGUUUGAAGACCUAGAACCAGCUAGUUGGAUCAACGAUGAAGAUACUGAUGUCACAACGUUCUUUCAUAGGGUUGACUCAGACCAAAUUAUAUAUGAAGCCAAGAAAAAAAGAUGCAAAAUGAUAGGAAAAUAUGUCAUGGGUGAUUUGUUAGGUGAGGGGAGUUAUGGGAAAGUGAAAGAAGUUUUAGAUUCUGAGACACUAUGCCGAAAAGCAGUUAAGAUCCUCAAGAAACGCAAACUACGCAGGAUUCCUAAUGGAGAACAAAAUGUCCAAAGGGAAAUUGUACUUUUGAAAAAGCUUCAACAUCCUAAUGUUAUUGGUCUCUUGGAUGUUCUAGUAAAUGAUGAAAAAGAAAAGAUGUAUUUAGUCAUGGAAUUCUGUGUUGGUGGGCUUCAAGAUAUGCUUGAAAGCACUCCUAAGAAACGGUUUCCUCUUUGGCAGGCUCAUGGGUACUUCUGUCAACUUAUGGAUGGUCUGCAAUAUCUUCAUAGUCAAAGAAUUAUUCAUAAAGAUAUCAAACCAGGAAAUCUGUUACUAACUCUUAGUGGCAUAUUGAAAAUUUCUGAUUUAGGAGUUGCUGAGGCUUUGGAUUUUUUUGCAGAGGAUGAUACAUGCUACACCGGUCAGGGAUCACCUGCAUUUCAACCUCCUGAAAUUGCAAAUGGCCAUGAAAAAUUUCUAGGGUUUAAAGUUGAUAUUUGGAGCAGUGGGGUCACAUUGUAUAAUAUCACCACAGGCCUUUACCCCUUUGAGGGUGACAACAUCUUUCGGCUCUUUGAAAAUAUAGGGAAAGGUGAAUAUGUAAUACCAGAUGAAAUUGAAAAUCCUUUACGUGAUCUUCUCCAUGGAAUGCUACAAAAAGAUGCAAAUGACAGGUUUACCCUGCAGCAGAUAAGACAACAUCCGUGGUUCUUAAGGAAACCUCCUCAGACAUUAGAAGAAGUGCCCAUUCCUCCACUUCGAGGGGAUGAGCUGCACAACAUGACUGUGCUUCCAUACCUAAUGGACUAUCACUAUGUAGAAGAUCCUGCAUCUGGGCAACCACAGUACUAUACAGAACAUGAAAGAAAUGCUUGGGCAGAGAGAGGAGAACAGGAUACUUAUCCAACAGAAUGCUAUCCAAGAGAAUGGGCAGAUCAACUAGGUGACCUCAAAAGUAAAGAAAGCUCUCCUAAAAAGUUCCAAGAUGAUGUGGGUUAUGGCAACUCUAAUAAGUACCAUGGUGAUGAUGAGAUGGAAACUAUUGCGGACUCAACUAAGCGCAAAACUAAACGGCGACCAACAAGCUGUAUCAGUGUCAAGAAAUUUCCUCCAUGUAAACAAUCGUGAUUUCUGUGCCCCAGCCUGGUGCUCACUCUUCCUGCCCUUGUGCUGGGGAUGGAUUGUUGUUAUUGUUGUUCUAUGUUAGCAUGGAGAGACAACACCUGAGUCCUAUCUGUUCCUGCUACUUUCCCAUUUUAACUGAUAAAUCAGUAGUUCAAUGCCAAUUUGAAAUGAGGUCGCUUGUCUGUCGCCUCAUGGUCACCAUCAUGGUUGACUUCAUCCCCUUGACCCCCUUUUGGUUAUUAGUUUCCAAAUUUGUCAAAUUUAAUGUGCAUUUCAGGAAACAAAGUGCAUAUGUAGCUACAGUAGCCUUUCCUGGAGUAGUGACCAUGUAUUGUACGUAUGCAUCCCUUGCAGAACAAACCUUUGUCAAUGCAUUUCCUUCAAUUUUACUACUCAGUUUUGUGCCAUUGUAAUUUCUGCAACUGGUAUCAUCUUCUCUUUCUUUUGCCAUUUGUUUUAUCUCAUGUUACUUCUAUUAAGUUACUGUACUUUAAAUGAUCAUUGCCAACUGGACCAUUGAUUUUUGGUUUCUGUGAUCCAAUUAAAUUUAUGUGUUUAUGUGAAAAUGUGAAUUGAAUUCUAUUGACUCCCUUGUAACUAAUUUUCAAAUUUUUUGGUUGAAAGUAAUUGGAUUUUGAGAAAUGUACAUUAAUUAUGUAAGGGGAUUUAGGGAGAAGGGUUUGGUGGCGAAAUGUUAUGUGGCAUGUGUUAUUAAUAUGAAAGGGCAUGUUAGAUCCAUUUCUUUAUGGGAGGGUGAAGGGUAAAGUAUCCCUCAAAAGACCACUACAUAAUUGUUUGUUGCUCGCUUGUUUUCUUUCCCUUGUUUUGUAUCAACAUUUUAAUUGAUUUGCUCUAUUCCAAAGCUGUAGUUGAUUUUGAGUAGCAUUGCAUUAUACUUUGUACCUGUACAUUAGCUGUAAUAUUCUUUCAGAGAAACUUGAACCCAACAUUUUUCCGCAUUCAGCUCUGUUAUGAAAUCUCAAAAAUUGCUUGAUUGUAAAAUGUUGUGUCCAGAUUUUACUGUUUGUUUGAUCAGCUUGUCUAGAUCCUGUGAGGUAGUCCUUUCAUAUUUAAGAGCAAGUGUGACUCUUGUGGAUCUGAACCUUAUCUGUAAUAUCUUAGCAAUGUGAGUUGCCUGCAUUACUUUUGGUUUUAGGUUUGAGUCAUGAAGAAAUUAGAAAGAUUAUGUGACCACUCGGUUUCUCUAGUCAUAUAUGAGAGUUUCUGGCUUCUUGUCCUAUUAUUCUGGGCAAUCUUUUGAAAUUUUUUUGUCAUUUAUUGCUAUUAGUAGCACUGACAGAUGUCAGUAAUAAUAAUAAUAAUCGUGAAAAUUACUGUUGAAAGAUAAAAUCUUGUUCUUUCCUGACUGUGCUCAGCACUUUUCUGGACACAAUGACCUCAGACUCAAUUUUUUCUCAGAAUGUUGGUAGUUUCUAUUACUUUGUUUUUUAGGAGUCAACUGAAACAUGGACCCUUCAAGAAAGACUCUAUUGCAUAGGAUUUGUCUUUUAACGCUGCAUUAUGUGAGAUUAUUUCUUAAUCUCUGCACCUGACAUGUGCCAUAUCACAAUAUCCAACUUGGCUCGAAAAUGAGUUUUGAGAAGCAAUUUUAUACGUCAGUUUUGCAAAGUAUUGAUUUUGUUUUAUUAUGAUAAGUCUAAUCUUAACAUGCUUUGGUUUGGUGUCCCAACUUCUUUUUAACCAGUUUAUGCAACUAACAGUCAAGAAUGCUGAUGAAGUGAGCAUACAUUUUCUAUUCUUAAAUUUGUUUGUCACAGUUCAGUUGCCAGAGAACAAUGUUGUCUGAGAACAAUUUGCUCUCCUUCUUGUAAAUACAUUGUCCAUAUCAGAAAACAUUUAUCAGAGUUUUUGAUGUUGCCUGAAGUGCAAAUGAACCCCACAUGCAGCAAAGCAGUGUUUCUAACAGGAUGUAGACUUUUAUGAAACGACAAUAGUGAGCUUGUUACCAGAUGUAAUGUAUAGCCCUGGUGUUAAAUUUACUGUACAAACUAAGCGCAACAUUAGUGAUGUCGCACAUUGUUAUGGACACCAUUUAUAUUUAUGUAGUUGAUUAAUUUUACCAUUUAUGAUGAUACAACCUUAGUAGGGAAAGAAAUGCUCAUUAAAUUAGUUUAUAACCAACCAUCAUUGAAGUGUACUUAGCUCCCUUAGUGGAAAUUUUUAAUGUUAAAUUAAAACGAAACUCCAUUAGGUGUGUUAAAUACCACAUAAAUGUUAAAUAUCCUGUUUUUUUUCUUUGAAGAGAAUGGAGUAUCUCAACCACUUCUCCUAUUUUCUCAUGACAUUCAUGAAUGUUUGUUGUUCUCUUCUGUGGUAGACUCUGUUUACCCAUAUUCAAGUG